AUGGAUUCCCGCCUCGCGAGCGCAAGAGGCGGCGGCAGCAGCAGCAGCAGCUGCACCUCCGGGCUGGCGUUCGUACUACGGCUUCCAGCCACUAAGGCGGUCCACCGCCUCCCUUCUGUCCCGAUGGGGCGUCGCCGGCUGCUGCUGGUCUCCAACUCCACCUUGCACGGCGGGGGCUACCUAGACCACUGCCAGGGGCAGAUCCAGGACUUCCUGGGGGCAGCGGAUGUGAGGACGGUUCUGUUUGUUCCCUAUGCUCUUCAUGACCGAAUUGCCUAUGCCAAGGUGGCAAGAGAAAAGUUUGAAAGUUUAGGUUAUGGACUAGACAGUAUCCAUGAAUCGGUUGAUCCAGGAGAAGCUGUAAGAAAAGCUGAAGCAAUAUUCGUCGGUGGUGGCAAUACGUUCCGUCUCUUGAAAGCGUUGUACGACAACGGCCUGAUACAGACCAUCAGGAAAAGAGUCCUUGAGGACGGGAUCCCAUACAUUGGAUCCAGUGCAGGAACCAACGUAGCAACCAUCAGCAUCAACACAACCAAUGACAUGCCAAUUGUAUACCCUCCUUCUCUCUUGGCUCUCGGAUUGGUUCCCUUCAACAUCAACCCACAUUACUUGGAUCCAGAUGUUAACAGCACUCACAUGGGGGAAACCCGGGAGAAAAGGAUUCGCCAGUACCACGAAGAACCAGACACGCCACCGGUAUUGGGUUUACGCGAAGGAUCGUUCCUGCUUGUGGAAGGCAAUAAAGCUGUCCUGCAAGGAAAAACGGGAGCUCGGCUCUUUGUGAGGGGGAAUAUCCCAACAGAACACGAGCCUGGAACAGAUUUCAGCUUCCUGUUGACGGAGGGCCCCGAGAAGCCGUAACUUUUGUUGAAAUGAACCUGAGAGGGCCCUAUCCCAAGCAGACUCCUGCUUAGGAGAAAGAGAAACGCCUUGUUGCAGGAGUGCGAAAAUCCAGGUGCCCGGUAGCUGCUGAUGCCAAAAUGUCAGGCUGCUCCCUACAGCAAAACUCCAGCCUCUCUUUCCGUGGGAAAGCUCAGCUCUGAAAAAUGCAGAGUCCUGAAGAGUUGCUGUGAGCGUAGGCACCAAGUGCAGUUGCUCACUUUCCAAAUGGGAUCCUACAAAGUGCAAUUUUAAAUUACUCGUUUCCAGGAGGCUUGAGCCCAGGCAGUGGGCUUGCAUAGCUUAAGAACAAAGCCAGCAGUGUGGUGGUGAGGAAAUGGAUCAAAAUGCACCGACAGAAUAAGGUCUGCUCAUCUCUCUCCCCCCGACAGCCUGGUUCCUAAAUUUGCAGAAACUUUUGCGCUCCGGCUUAACUAAACCUUCUCUGGAGAAUAAAGUUGUUUCAAUAGCUA